GGCGUAAAUCUGGGAUCAGAUCCGCAAAAACUGAUUCUCAAGCUCGUCGCUGACACAGAAGUAGCCUGUCGCACCUCCUCGGUCGGAUUCUUGCCUUCUCGACAAUUCCAGUGUCGUCUUGAUGAAAUGUCAUCCAUCAACGGAAAGGAACUCGUGACCGCUCGGCUUAACUUGACCGUCCUAGGGGUCUCCAGUGAGGUGAGUUCUGUGCCGUUCCACUUUCUAACGCCCUCCAUCACUGACUUUGUGCCCUCGCGUGGGCCAGUCGCGGGUGGAACACUAAUCCGCGUACACGGUACAAAUCUCAAUGUGGGCGCUGAUGUCUCAGCCUACCUCAUCCUGAACACACUCAACACGCAAGCGAAGGCCAAAUGUAGCAUUGAGUUGUAA